UUGGCCUCUCCAAUGAUUCCCGAGAGCAGUGGCAGUGAGGGGUCCACCGCCUAAUCUAUCACCUAUAAAUACCCAACAACCUAGCACCCUCUGAGACCGAGAAAUCCUCUCCAUUGUCGUCGCCCUAAGGGGCUUUCCUAUUCUCUCCCUUCACUGCACACACCCUUACUCCAGAUUCUAGAUCCCUCCCCAGUCAAACCCUAUGGCCCAAGAAACCCUAGAUUUAGAUUUGCCUUCCGGCGAUCUCUCUACUCCCUCCGAUUCUUCCUCCCUUUCUCGGAACUCUUCCUUCAGCCGCCUCAACGCUCAGGCGCCCGAGUUCGUCCCUCGGGCGCCGCCGCGUCCCGAUCUCCCCCCGCCGCGACUUGCGAUGGCCCCGGCUCACGGCGUGGUCCCUGUGUAUCCCGGUCCCAGUUCGCCUUUUCAUGUGCCGAUUCAGAACCACCACCAACAUCAGCAGCACCACCACCAUCAUGUGCAGUAUCAUCAGUAUCAUCAGUACUAUGGCGGUGGAUUUGGAGAUCAUCCGGAGGGGGUCGGGCAAGCUCAUCAAGCUUCGGCCGAUUCGGAUCAUGUGGCGGCGUCUAGGAACGGACUCUCCGAGGAAGUUACUCAGAAGAUUCUCAAUCAGGUGGAGUAUUAUUUUAGUGAUGUGAACUUGGCGACGACAGAGCAUCUUAUGAGGUUCAUCAACAAAGAUCCUGAAGGAUAUGUGCCAAUAUCCGUUGUUGCAUCUUUUAAGAAGAUUAAAGCCCUCGUAAGUAGUCAUUCCCAGCUUGCUACAGUUCUUCGGAACUCAACAAAGCUGGUGGUUAGCGAAGAUGGAAAGAAAGUUAGACGCCUUCAUCCCCUGACCGAGUCAGACAUGGAAGAGUUGCAGUCUCGCAUAGUUGUUGCUGAAAAUCUACCCGAGGACCAUUGCCACCAAAACCUCAUGAAGAUUUUCUCUGCUGUUGGGAGUGUGAAGACAAUUCGUACCUGUCAGCCUCAAACUUCCAAUGGAGGGGCCUCUUCGGCUUCUAGAUCCUCAAAAACGGACAACAUGCUUUUCAGCAACAAGUUGCAUGCAUUCGUGGAGUACGAAUCCAUUGAGCUGGCUGAAAAAGCAGUUGUGGAGCUAAAUGAUGAGGGGAAUUGGAGGAGUGGUCUUAGAGUUCGCUUAAUGCAUAGACGAGUGGCAAAAUCUGCUCAAGCACGAAGUAGAAAGGGGCAUGAAGGUGAAGCGAUUUGUGAGGAAGAUGAUGCUUGUACAUCUGAGCAGCUACCAAAUGACAAACAGCCAGAAGAUCCUGAUGUCCAUUCUCACGAGCACACUGGGGAGGAGCAUAUCAAUGACAAGGAGGGUGCACAAAGGAAAGGGCGUAGUCGUGGGCGGGGCAAGGGUCGUGGACGGGGUCAAUAUCAUCAUCAUGGUAACCGUGGAAAUCAUGUAGGGACUCCUCCAAAUAGUUCAAUCAAUCACGAACAGCCAGCUGUAGCAAAGCCACCUCCAGGGCCACGCAUGCCAGAUGGUACGAGAGGAUUUUCUAUGGGCCGGGGGAAGCCAGUGGCCAUUAAUAUUGCAUGAUGGCUUCUCACUCUACAGAUCGGUGCAUGGAGGUUUAUGUUGGGGCAGGGAACCGUGUCUUCUUAUAUGCAGUGUUUGAUGGCAGGGUUUUAUAAGGGGCUAUCAAUCCAUUGUAGUUGGUACAGGUGUUGAUCUAGCAGUUUGGGUUGAGUGCUUUUUUUACGUUUUUUAUUUUUGAGUGUUCUAAUUUCAGGUAAGGAGAAUGCGCGAGACAAUUGUGCUUUUUGGUAAUUUUCUUUUGGGGGGUUUUAUGAAUGUAGAAAGCAAAAACUGAACUCGGGGAAUGAACUUAUACCUAUAGUCUAUAGAUAUAACGAGUGAAACAAAAAAAAAGGAAAAAAAAUGAAGCAAUAGAACUGUUGUUAUA